GCCAUGGCGCGCCAUCAGCUCGAGACGGCGGACCUCGCCGAGGGCGACUUCACUGCCGUCCGUUAUCGCGCGCGUGGCCGUCGGUUCUGGCACCGCAGGCGGGCGGCUGCUGGUGCCAGGAGGCGUCUCCGUCAUCGGCGCCCUCACUCCCGACCGCGACAAGCACGAGGAGAACCUUGCCGACGCCGCGAACGUCGCGGAGUGGACGACGCUGCCGCUCGGCACGCUCGUGGCCCCAGCCGCCGCGAUGGCGAUCGACGAGGUCUACGACUUCCAGCACCUCCCGCUGCCGGCCGCGGUGGGCGCCGCGCGCGCGGCCGCCAACGCGAGGGCGGGCGCGGUGCCCGUCGCGCCCAUCGCGGUCAACUUCGCGGGCCGGGCCAGGGCUGGCGCCCCGGCGGGCGCGGCGCCCGCGGCGGCCGCCGUCGCCCCUGCCCCUGCUGCUGGCGGCCCUGGCGGCGGGCUCGCACGGCCGGCGGCUGCUCUCGGAGGUGCUCCUGGCGGCCUCGCCGCGGCAGCGCUUCCGCCCGCGGCCCUAGCGCCUGCGGCCGCGCUUGUUUCCCUGGGCGCCGGCGCUGGCCUGCCCGCGGCCGCGCCAGGCGCCGUGGCAGCACCCCUGGGCGCCCCCCCGGCCCUGGCUGCUCCUGGUGCUCUCAGCGCCCCCGCUUUCGCGGCCGCGGUGCCCGCGGCUGGCGCCCCUGUCGCGCCUCCAGCGGCCGGGCCUGGCGGGGGUUCCCGGGUCCUCGGCGCGGUUGGGGACGCUCGCAGGAUCCGCCACAUUGGUGUCCGCACGGCCGUCACCCAAUUGGAGGAGCUGCCUGGACCAGACUGGCCUGCGCGGGGGCCGCGCACGUUGCGCUGGGUCGCUGAGUUCAUGGCCCAACGGAGUGGCACGCCGACGGCGCAUCACCAGAGGUGGCUAGCGGAGACAGGUCUCGACCCCAGCGAGCCGGGCGUUGAGAUCCACCAGACCCCCCGUCUCAUCCUCGAGACGGCCCUCACAUACGACCAGGUGCACGCCACGAACCUCGCGCACCUGGAGCUCGUGGCGCGGUCGAUCCAGGCGCGGGAGGAGAGGCACCGCUUCCCCGACGACUCCGUCGUCGCUGACAGAACCACCAUGAUGGGCACGGCGCUGCUCGCUGGCUCGGUCUGCGUCUGCCCCACGCUCCGCGACUACCUCGCCGCGGAGCUGCACCGGACUGCCGGACGCGAGGCCGGGGGGGGGGGGGGCGCGGAGGCCGCGGCGGCCGGCGGGGCAGGGGCCUCGGUGCCACAGGCGGCGAUGGCUAGCAUGCCUGCGAGCGGUCGGCCUGGCCAGCCGCCGCCCUCGCUCCCCCAGGCCACCGCGGGCGCUAACAGCGCUGCCCGCGUUGCGAGCCAGACCAGCCACCAGGCGGACCGGGAGAGGCGCCACCGCAACCUCUUUCCCUUGCCGCUGCUGACCGCCGCCGACGCGACGGCCGGUUGCUCCAGCGCCCAGCAGCGCAGACGGGCGGGCCACGCUCUCGGGCACACGCUCCGCCGUGCUAACGCUGCCGUGCAAGCUUUGAACUCUCUAUACGGCGAUUCGUCCUCGCCCGAGUUGGCUGGUCCGACUCCAAGGCAGCGCGGCGCCGUCAGCGACAUUUGGGACACGAUCGCCGCCCUCGGCCGCGAGCCGGACGAGCGCCGCGAUGACGCGUCCGACCCCAAGGGUGCCCUCCGGGAGCUCCUUGCCGGGCCCGCGCUGCACCCUGACGGCAGCGGGCCAACCAUUCCUAUAUGCCAGACCUCGUCUCUUGGCUUGAUGUGUCCAAACCUCCUGCACCGCUCCUUGGGUUGCCGGAAGAGCAGGACGCCGCCGCGUUGCGGGAGCGGAGGCGCCAUAUGCUUCGAGAUGCGGAGGAGGCUCGCCAACUACAGGCUGAGGACCCAGUUGCCAUCGGCGUCAGCCUGGGGCCGCCUCGAGGCCGGCGACGUCAGCUUCAGCGUCGCUUCGGCCGGCUUGGACGUCGACUUCUACUACAUGAUGGUGCCGGCGGAGAUGUGGGAGUUCUUCACCCUGCGCCCGAUCGAAGCGAAGUACCUGGUGCCUGUCGGCUGCGUGGAGGCGGGCGCGCCUGAUGAGGGGCUGCUGCUGCCGCAGGUGGUCGCGCUCCCGAUGGGCUUCAGCUGGGCCCUGCAUCUGCGCCAGACCGCGCUGACGACCUCCCUGCUCCGAUCGGGGCUCCCCGCGGCGAACCUGAUCGCCGGCGGCCACAGUGGCUGCCAGAUCCCCAGUCACCCCGACUCGCUUGUUGGCGCCGGCUACGCGGACAACUACUUCGUCUUCGGCUGCCCCCCAUCCAGGGUGCUCCAGCAGCUGCAGGCCAUCACGGACGACCUGCAGGAGCACCCCCAGGACUGCGACCUCAUGGGGCCGUCGCUGCGCGAGAGGCGCUGGCUCAGCCUUCGGACGCGCAACAUCCGGCGUCUCCGCGCUGCCAUCCGCGGCGCCCCGCGCCGCCAGCGGGUCAGUGGCUUCCUCGUGCGGGCGCUCACCGGCCACAUCACCUGGGCCCUUCUGCUUCUGCGCGAGAUGUUGCGCGCAUCGGGAGCCACCUACGCCUUCACCCAGGCCGCCGGGCCCGCGGCCAUGCCCCUCUGGCAGGCUGCACGGAGAGAGCUCCAGAUGAUUCACGACCUGCUGCCCUUGUGCACGGCCGACCUGUGCGCCCCGUGGACAUCGUGGGCGCCACUGGCCGAGUCGCCGAAAAAUGGAGACAAGGUCGACGGGGGUGCCCAAGCCAGAGCUCGCACCGUCGGCGCGAUCGGACAGACUGACGUCACCACCGCUGGCCUGGACGACCCCCUGGGCUUCGACCACUCGAUCUUCGGGGAUGUCGGCAUCGAGCACGAUAAGAAGUUCGACGCGAACGGCCCCUCACUGCUCGGCCUUCGGCCGCCCGUCGACUUCGAGGAUGCCCCAGCGCAUUUCACUCGGGAGGAGGCCCGGGGCUCGAUCGCUGCCGUAUACAUCGACGGUCAG